AGUAUUAAUCUGUGAUCAUUUCAAAAUGUUAACAUCAUCAACUUUUCGCUGCAUUUGGAAGAUCUUCCAAAAACUUUCUGCUCCGAUUCGAAAUAUGUUAAUAGACCUAAUUGUUUUAGUUUUAGUAGAAUUUAUAAAAUUCAGCAUGAUCCUAUUAUUGAUGUUCGUUAUUAGCUACUCAAUAUUAUAUAUAUGGAGUAAAUACAAUGAACGUCAGCAAUAUAUAGUGAGUAGCAUAACAUCUGAGCGCCUUAGUGAUGGACUAAUGGACAGUUUUAGUAAAUAUCCGUAUAUAGUGGAAGUACCAUCGAAGCUUUCAGCAGAAUCAUUGAAAUUAAAUAGGAAAAAACAAGUUCAGUGAUCUGUAAUCACAUGAAACACUGGUGAAAGUAAUUGAUCCGAUGUACAGAUUGAAGUUUCAAGAAAGAAUUUUGCAAAAUUUCAUAUUUU